ACUAAAGUAUAUGUCUGUGUACAAUGUAUAUAUAACUUACCGGUACAAAGGUGUUGGAAACGGAAAACAUUCACACUGAAAUAUUUAUGUGUGGGGUUUCAAACAUACAAAAGAGGCGGAAGUUUGACUGGUUCUCAUUUUUCAGGAUUAGUACAAGUGCUGGUAAGAUUUGGACUAAAAUCUUACCCCUCCUCAGCAUUUCAGACCGGAGCAUGGGAAGAGUUUGCAAAGCUGUCAUUGUGAACUUUCAGUUUCAUGCAAACAUCAAAAUAAUUAAACCAAAUCUGCGCUUCUCAUGAAUAUUCAUACAUGUUUUUGCUGAAGCUAUAGGCCUUAUAUAUUUUGAGUGGUCAUGAAUAUUUCUAUCCUUGAGGGAAUCGUUUAACUAUGUGACAGGAAGAAACCAUUUCUACUACUGUUGGAAGGAAUUUGGUUUUUAAAUCGAAAUGUGUAUUUGAACAAUUUGUGCUUGGUGUGGGUUCCAGCUAAUAUUACAUCAAACUUUUAAGCUGAUGAAAUUGGAAUACCCCCAGUGUCUGUUUACGUGGUAUACUUGAGGAAGGUGUUAGUAAGCGUUUUACACAGGCAACGCCUAAUGCAUAAUCAAACUCAUUUCUACAUGCUACAUGACGUACCUGUAUCUUUUUCACCUGUGAAUUGACAUCAAUAAUUAUAUGUAUGACGUCUUUACAGGAAUACACGAUGCAAUUGAGAAGAUGGAAAAAUAACAGUUUUUUUUAUGGACAACGCAUGAAUGCAACUUAGAUUUAUGCGAAUAUACACCACUAUGGAUCAGGAUGUUGUAAGCUAUAAAGUUGGAAGAAUAUCUUGUUUACAACAAUGAACAUUUGAUGGAUAUUUUCAGUGGCAUGGAAAAGUAAUCUUGUCUGUUAAGAUAUAUUGAUUGGUAUUCUCUUGGGUUAUUCGAAUAACCUACGAAAGGUAACAUUAUUUAAGUUUCAUUUAAGGCUUAAGGUUGAUGAAGAAAUAAUUUACACGAAGGAAUAUUAUAUUAGAAGCAGUAGAUUUAACCUGUACUGUUUUCACUGCAGAUGAAUGUUAUUAUAAACGGCAAAUUGAUAUAUGAACUUUUAAGUUUUGUGAAUCGGAAACAGCGAAACAGAUCAUCUUUUCUAUACUGCCUUUUUCUGAUUGGUGGUCGACUAGGACAUUUCAGUACAAAUUAAGCUGCAGAGAUCUACUAUCAUUUGGCAAAUGUCUUGGAAGUGUUUCAGUUUUUAAUCGCCAGGAAAGUGAAGAUCUUUUGUGUUGAAUGUUUCAUAUCAAAUACUCUAUCAUAUCAAAUGUUAAACUUGUAUGCGCUUCCUCUUAAGAAGAUUUCUAUAUGAAUCAAUUUGGUGUAUACUAGUGCUAGGAGGCUAACGUUAGGGCCGACAGCUGUCCAUGGACCAGGAAAUUUUCUCUGUAAAUAAUCAGUUUUAAACUGCACCAAUUUGACAAGUAACAUUGUGUGGCACAGAGAAACAUCAAAAGGUCCACAACUUUGCUGGUAUUUUCUUGUCAGUGUGGAAUACUUAAGCUACGGAGACUUGUGAAAAGGGGAUGUUUAUAUGAUUUCCCCUACAUUAAAAGUGAGAUAAACAGCGUUUCUUCAUUAUAAUUUGCUACGUGGAAUCACAAGGGACUUAACGCUAUAUUUCAUUAAUUUACUAUUUGGUUGUGCGUUAACUCUAGAUCUAUUGAUCAAUAUCUCUAACGACUUCAUGUGAUAACAUGGGACGGAAGUUUUAGUCCAAAACAAUGUUUCGGUAACAUAUCUCCUUGUGAACCAGUGAAUCAUACAGGCAACAGUUAUUGGAUAAUAAAAAAAAAAAAAAAAACGUAUUGUGAGAGACGAAUCAGAAUAAAAAUGGUCUUUACUCGUCUGGAAGAUGAAAGGCGGAUUAUUGAGGAUGAUCCACAGCCCUCCACUAGCAGUAAAUGGGACUUUGGAAAGAGGAAGUUCAUACAUGUGGGCAUCAAUAAACAGCCAAGCAGUAGCCGACUAAUUGGGUCGUCCUCGGAGCCUCCGGACAUCCCAUCCUCACCCCUCAGUCUUCUGACCACCCCCACGAACCCGUCCAGUCUUGGAGGAAACAUGAGGGCAGCUAACAAGCAAUGGGUUCAUCCCCCGGAAACUCUACUGCGGGGACACAUUGUGUACAAUGUCAAGUUUUUAGGCGAAAGUGAAGUGGAGAAUCCCAAAGGAACAGAAGUUGUGAAAGAUGCCAUCAGGAAACGGAAGUUCAAUAAACACAUCAAAAAGGCGGAAGGCCAAAAGCCACCGAAAGUGGAGCUGACGAUAUCUGCAGAUGGAGUCACAGUACAGGAUCCAAAAACUAAGAUGAUUAUGCAUCAGUACGCGUUACACAGAAUAUCGUACUGUGCUGACGAUAAAUCUGACAAGAGGAUGUUUACGUUUAUAGCCAAGGCCGGCGACUCUAACCAACACUACUGCUACGUCUUUGAUAGUGAAAAAUGUGCUGAGGAGAUCACGCUGACCAUAGGACAAGCAUUUGACCUUGCCUACAGGAGAUUCAUGGAAACAUCAAGUCGAGAUUUUGAUUUAAAGAAACAAUAUUUGAUGUUACAGAAAAAGGUUCAAGGUCUGGAGAAGGAAAACCUGACUCUGAGGCUGAGAGUUCAGGAACUGGAGAGGCAACAGACGACAUCAGACAACCUCAGAAAUCAACAGGACUCACCUUCUAAUGGACACACCUCUCCGACGAUUUCAGAUGAGAAUGACAAAGAUGUUCUAAAUACGUCACAAGGCCAUUCGACAAUACUUACACUAGCAAGCUCGCCUCCAACAGACGACAGUACCACUGACGAUCAGAAUAAGUCGGAGUUACAGGCCGCGAAACAGACAUCAGUCGGACGACGACUAGAAAACCUGCUGAUUGAAGAAAGUCAUAUUUACAGCGAACCAAAAACCAAUGGAACUAACGGCACAACCGCUCCCUCUGGUGGUCAAGGUUCAGGAAUAUUGUCACCACCCCCACCUAGUUCAAGGUCAAGGACACACAGUCAGCCACAGCCUCUGCCACUGACUUCACCCUCUCAACCGACCAAUAGCCAAGCAGCUGGAAAGGAUGCCUUCGGUGCGACACCUUUUGGCACCGCUACAGCCGGAGGUCAGACAAAGGAAGAUCCUUUUGGUAUGCCAAGCUUCAACCCCAAUAGUUCCAUGGAAAUUGACCAGGCCAUACAGAGCAUGGAUAAGUUUCUACUAGAUGUUCAGGAGGGUUUCAGUCAAGGAUUAUCUAUGGGAUCAGAAGAUUUUUCUUUAGCAGAUCUUGACCCCCUUAGUCAGAAGUGAAUCAAGAUACAAGAGGAAGGUCACAAUAUACCAUAUUAAUUGUGUUAUAAGAUGAUAGUCCUACCCCAAAAAAUGCUAUUGUAUUGAAAAAUUGUUUUAAUAUUUCUAGAAAUACUGAGAUAUAUGUAUACAAGAUGAAAAUUGAAAUUGUGUAUUUACUUUUUUUGCAAUAUUGUCAUUUUAAGGCAAAUUUCAAUGUUCAUUAGAUCCUUGUUAGAACUUUUUACGAUACAUUUGGUGACACCUGAACAUUUAUGAAAUGAUUUUAUAGGAGCUCUGCCUUUGGAUGCACAACUUUCCUUUAUAUGUGUUCUCUUUAACACGAAAUGCUAAUAUUAACUUGUUUAAAAGUUUGUUAAAACAUUAUACAUAAGAAGUGUUUGUUGUGGUUAGUUGUUGCAACAAUUGUGGACUGUUAACAGUUUUAAUUUUCCAGUCUAAUAGUAAUUUUAGGGGAAAUCGAGGACGUGAUGGCAAAAUAAAAAGAAUGUAUGACUCAACUAUAAAUCCAUGUUGCCUUGAAACCAAAGCUGUAGAGAGUAAAACAAGGGAGGUAACUAGUGCUGUUGUGAACAUUUGCCGUUAUGAUGUUAUGACUGUUAAAACAAAAUUGUUUUUACGAUAAGUCAACCAUUAUCUCCUUAAGAAAUCAAGGUUAGUCAAAUAUACUUGUCACGAUGUGUUAAAAAUUAUUUAUCAUUAUGUAGCAUAAUGUGUUAAUGACCAUGCAUGGCCUAUAUAUUUUUUAUGAGUACAUUUGCAGGCAAUAUGUAGAUCAUAUAUAUAAAAUUUUAACUGGUUGAUAUUUUAAGAAUUGUGAUAUGAAUAUUUCAGAAUUUUGUUUUUUGAGGUCACUUGACUUAUUCAAUCUGGCUUCGUCUGUCGUUUACAUUGUCAGUCAAGUGUUGAGCGUCGCCUUCCGUUGUCGUCUUACGUUAUUUAACAUUUUUACAUUAUUGACUUCAUCUCAAAAACUGCUAAAAUUUUUCAGAAAGCUUCUUGAGCCAAAGAUUAACCAUAAUUUUAUGGUCCUCACCACCCAGGGGCCUAGGGGCAGGGCCAAAACAUGUCUAAUCAACUGAAAUUUCAGAAAUCUUCUAAAGACCCAGAGAAGGAAGAAUCAAAUUAUUCAAGGUGCUUUAUUAAAAUUGUAAAUUUCAAGGGUUUCACAUUUCCUCUGGAAAGGGCUAAACUUAACUAUAGUUUUUAUAGGAAAGCAACAUUUUUAAACUUAAUUUGUUUCAUUUCCCUUGGAAGUAAUUCAAACUUGUCUAGAAUUAUAAGUGUGCCAACAUUUGAAAGCAGUUUCAUAGCAUGGAUAUAUUGAUUCUGGCUGACCCCAAGGGACUGAAGGGCGGGGCCAAAAAGAGUCAAGUUGACUGAAAUUUCAAAAAAAAUCUUCAUCUCAUUAGCAAGAUGUGGUAGAACCAAAUACUUUUCUUGGAUGGAAUGGUCUCCAGGUUCUUAACCAAAAUUUUAAAUUUCAUGGCCCCUGUAGAUAAAAAUUGUAAAUACAUAGCAAAUAGUUACAUGUUUAAGACUCAGGUGACCGUCAAGGCCCAUGGGCCACUUUUUUUUUUGUGUCAAAUGAAAAGCAUUUUAUUUGUACGUUUGUUGAAUGUUGGCCUUGAAUAUUUGUAAAUAUAUCAGAUGCAUUCUGGAACUUCAGACUUGAAAACAGGUAUAGAUGUAGUUACCCAGUAAUAGUUUAAUAUCAUUAAUCUACUCAUAUAUCAGAAAGUUUACCACCUUUUAUUAAAAUUUAUCAAAUCAAGUUCUUCAACGAUAAUGGUUUUUUUUUUUUUUUUUUUUGAGAACAAAAAGAGUUUUGGAUAUUUUGGAGGCUGUAAAUCUACCUUUAGAAAAUAUACUAUACUAUCUGAAAUAAUUGUUAUUUCAUUAAGAUUUCUUUUUGCAUUGGAUCAAUAGGCAAUCAUUUAUGACACAAGAUUUGUAUGUUUAUUUUCAGUUGUUACAAUAUAAUUAAACAUAACAGACCAGCUGGCUGGUGUUUUAUAAACAACAGAUUGUAUAUUGUUUACGAACAUGUAGAUCAAAUGUUUGCAUUUUGGAGUGAUAAUGAAAUACUUAAAGGACAAUAGUACUGUGUCAGGAACUGGAGGCAGGUGGGUGUUAGAUAUUAGAGACAGGUGGGGUAAAAUUCUGUAGAUCAUUCUGCACUCAUUAUGUCACUUUUCUUUUAAAUUUAGCUGAGAAAACCUUUUUGAUUACAAAUUUGGAAAACCCUGAAUUAUUCAAAGCAAUUACAGGCUUUUAUCUUUAACACAAGUAUUUAUUCAACUUUUCACAUUUUUAAUUUUUAACAAAUCGAAUACAUUUAAAAAUGUUAAGGAAUCUUUACAAAAGUACCAGUUACAUAAAAUCUAGGCAUGUAUAGGAUUGGAAUUUCUUAGACAUUGAAAUAUUUUAAGACCUUUUUUUACUGGAAUUAAGAAGCAGAGUUCUAGAUAAUGAGAUUGAACUGUUGCGGUUUAUUUGUAUUGCAUAAUAGUUUGACUUUAUAGAGAAAUAAACUGGAUCACCCUGUAGUAAUGAUAUAUGUAGAGUGAUAAUAUUCUGAUGAAUUAAAUCCAUAUAAUGUUCGAGUUAGAAUUAUAAACCCAUAAAUUCGUAGGGAUUUGGCACCUAUUUCUGAUACCACUGUCUGUGUACUGGUACACGUAUGUGUAAUUAAUACCAUGGAGUUCAGAAUUUGUGACAAGUCCCUGUGACCUAGACAUAAGACAGGCAUCCUAAAAAUCAUGAAUCUCUGUAAAAAAAUCUUUUUCUAAUGAAAAUUUUAUUGUCACAGUAAAAGUGCCAGAUUUCUUCAUGGGGAGGGGAUGAUCACAAGGGUGGGGGAUGAUGUCAAGCAAUGAUGUUCAUUUUAAGUGUUUCAGAGAAGUGUUUUAUUGUAGUGGCUCCUUGUAGACUAUUAAGAUGAAGAUAAGCAAUUUUGAAUGAUUAAGAUAAUUAUUAGUUAAGAUCAUUUUUAAUUAAGAUUGUUUUUAAUUAAGAUCAUUUUUAAUCAAGAUAAUUUUUAAUUAAGAUCGUUUUUAAUUAAGAUAAUUAUUGAUAAGAUAAUUUUUUAUUAAGAUCGUUUUUAAUUAAGAUAAUUUUUAAUUACAAUCUUUGUUAAUUGUAAUAUGUUUUAUAAAUGAUUAAGAUAUACGGAAUGUGAUAAGAGAUGAGGUUAUAUUUAAGAUUUUAUCUUUAACAAUUGGUUGUUACUUUUAAAGAGACUGUAGAUGGUGUAUUAUAUAGAUUGUUUAUGUGAUCAAAUCAUUCAAUUACAUGAUUGAAUAUGUUAAUUAGAAACAUCAAGAUGUAAAAUUAAUACUAGUCACUGAUGUGGUUAUCAUACAUAAGUCAACCGUUAAAGACAUAUAUGUAUAUUAUGCUUUGAUCAAGUCUAUAUUAGCUGUUUCUUUUUAUAAAGUUACCUUUAGGUUUGAACAACUUAUAUUCAGAUCAGCUGACUUUUAAUUUAUUUUUUGGGGACAUUUAAAAUUUGCUCUCUUUUAAUUCAGUAUUAGGAUCAGAAAAUAAUCUCCUUUUUUCUUUUUUGUUUAGCAAAUAAAAAUACUGUUAAGUUAUAUUUUCAUGAGGUUCAAAUAUUCUAGUUUUCCAAAACGAAAUCAUUUCAUGAAGAAAAUUUACAAACAUCCAUUAAAUAAUGUUAUAGUUUCAAAAGUCCUAAUAAUAUACCAUAGAUAUGAUAAUGCCCCUCACAGCAAAUUUUGGUUUGAUGACACACAAAUUAAAUUAAUAUAUAAAAAAAAACAUGAACAUUCGUGAUUUUACAGUAAGUAUAAAUUGAUGAAAUUUCAUUGAAAAAAAAUACAUGUAGAUGAUAAUAUUUCAGAUAAUCAAUGUCACUCCAAACCAUUUUUUUUUUUUACGAUAACUUCCCCAACUAAAUAGCUGCUUUCUGCAUCAAAUUAACAAGAACUGUUGAGCCUAAAAAAUUGUAUUUGAUUCUGAAUAUAUAAUUUUGCUUAUAAGGAAUUUUGAAUGAUCAAACUCUGUCACGAUUCCAGUCUAUAUGUUUUAUAACUUAACUUGUUGACUUGGCUUAAUUUGUUGAUCUGUGGUGUGUAUGUGUGACUUCUAAUGUAAGGCUCAAAUAUGGGUGCUGCACACGUAGAAUUAGUGUAAAUAUAUAAAUGUUUUACAACUGAAGUCAUCUCCUGUCUGUGAAGUGUCCUGUUAAAGAAAUAAUUCUGAACUGUCCGUUGCAGGUUUGAAUAUUGCUAUUUCUGUGUGUAAUUAAAAGUAAACUUUGGAUGAAUAUUGUAGCAAAAAAUAUUUGUCUUCUCACUGGUCAGCUAUUUUAUACAUGGUAUGUUCCACAAUACAUGUAAAAAAAUUGGUUAACCUAAAUAUAAAAUCUCUUCUGAUAUUGUAAUAUAUUAGAUAAUGAUAAUGAAUGACCUUUGAAUCUGAAGAAACUUUUUAAGUGUGUGAAGUAUAAAGAGUACAUUAAAAAAGUUAAACAAUACUUAAUAUAGUUCUGUAUUUUUAUAAACUUAGUUUAAAAUUUUGAAAGCAAUGAAUAGAGUAUGUUCGAUUUGUAAUGUUAAGUUCAUAAUUUUUUACUUAUAUUCAUUCAAAACAUUCGGAAUUGUACAACUGAAUCGGAGAAGAUGUAGUACUCCUGGAUACAAAAUGUCUUAUAAACAAUGGUUACGAUUCAUUUGUCCUUCAAAGUUGUAACAAAGGGUUACAAUUCAGUUAACCUCCAAAGUUGUAACCAAGGGUUACGAUUCAUUUGACCUUCAAAGUUGUAACCAAGUUAUUCCCUAGAAGUGAUGAAAGAGAAAUAAAUGAUGGCCUCACCUCUGAUUUUCGAUGUUAUUUCACAAAUUAAAGAUAUGAACAUUGUGUUAUAAUGUAUAUAAACCAAGAUGCCUCAUUAGUGCCAAAUUAAUAUUAUACAUUCAGUUUUAGACAUUUUUCUGGCUUGUAUGUAUACAGAUCCAGAAAAGGUAAACUCUGAAACCCUUUCAUUUGAAAGUAAACUUGUUAUAUAACACAUAGAAUCCAUAUGGUGUUAUAAGAAAUUUUCUUGACAUGGAAUUUUGGAAAUGCAAUAAUACAUCUUCAGAUAUUGUAUAUAUUUAAAUCUGUUUUUUUUAUCUUUAAUAUGAAGCAAUAAGAAAAGCAUAGUAGUGCUUUAGAUAACGAAAAUCAGAGGUGUAGACAAACAGUUUUAGUUAAAAUAUUCAGAACCGAGAUCAGGAAUUAAACAUUUGUUGAAAGUUGCUAUAUAUAGACAUGUAAGUGGUUGUAUAUAUAUUCAUACAUUUGUAUUUUGCCAACGAUAUUUUUACAGCAAUAUAUUCAUUUACAUAUUUCAUACAAGAUGUAUCCAUACACAUAACUAAUUAUAUAUAUAAAUGUUUUAUGAGGACCAAUGUUCAUUAAAGUCAUUUUUUAACCAUUAAGCCUCUUACCUUGCACAACUUUAUCGUGGAUCAUAUUCCUUGUCCUGUGCUGUCACCGAUUUCAUCCAAAAUUUUGAUAUAUUUUGAAAACUACUCAUUUUAUGUUUUAUGCUGAGGUAUGGUGUCCAUUGUCUAUUCGGUGUCAUCUUUUCCAUUUUAACAACUUCUUCUCACAAACCAAUAGGCCUAGAGUCAUGAUAUUUUGCUGGUAGAUUCCUGGAAUGGCGCCAACAAAUUUUGCCUGAGGAAAUGACCUUGACCAAAAUUCAAGGUCAAAGGGGUCAGAUUUGUUAAAACAUUCAAACGACUUCUUCUCACAAACCAAAAGGCCUACAAUUGUAAUGUUUCAUUAGUAUAUCCUGUGAUGAGGACCCACAACGUUUGUGAAAAGGAAUGACCUUGACCCAUAUUCAAAAGGUCAAAUUUGUUAAAACAUUCAAAUGUCUUUUCACAACCUGAAAGGCCUAGAAUUGAAAUAUUUUGAUUAAUUAAAAUCAGUAACUACCAGGUGAGGUAUGCAGGCCCAAUGUGCCUCUUGUUCAAUGGCAUCCUGUUUGAUAACAAGUUUUCCUGAUUCAUUCAGUAAGGUGUUUUGAUGUAAUCCUCAUAUCCAGCUUUAUUUUAUUAGAAAGGCAGUUGCAUUAUCCUGUGUAACUUUGCUGGUAGCUGUUGGACUAUUUUUAAAGCUAAAAUAUGUAAAUUUAACAUAAUUUUCUAAAGCUGGUAAAAUGCAUGACUACAAAAACAAGUCAAGAAUUUAAUUCUUUUUAUUACUAAUGAGUAAGUGUGCUAAACUUUUUCAUUAAGGAUGUAUGCUACUGACAUAUCAGUUAUCUCCCUUGAAUUAUUUGAUUAUGUCACAAGAAGUUGGAAGAUAUUAAUGAAGACUCGUUUGGUUCUCUAUUUUGAAGUCAUUUUAUUCAUUUGUUGAUACAUCUCGUUAUCAUUUUAGUAGCAUUUGGUUGAUUGUAAAACACAUAAAUAUAUAUAGAACAUUAA